GAUCACCAAGAGGUUCAGUAGAAAGAGAUGGAUAGAUCACCAGAUUCUGUUCUAGACCAAGAAACCUACUGGUCACCAAGGAGUUCCGUCGGCGAGCAAGAUAUCAAGGCAACAAGAGAUUCCCUUAUAGAGAAAGAGACUUUCUGGUCACCAAGAGGUUCUUUUGGGAACGAGGGAGCGUCAUUGUCCCCCAGAGGUUCAAUCGGGGAGCAGAGUGGCAAGUCGCCAAGAGGUUCCUUUGCGGACCGGGAGGUUUCGAGGUCACCAAGGGGUUCCAUCGGAGAACAAGUCAGCAAGUCACCAAGAAAUUCUUUUGUGGAGGUGUCGAGGUCGCCAAGAGGCUCAGUUCCCAGCCAGUCCCAGAAGCCCCGUCGGGGUUCUUUUACCGAGCAGGAAGCUUCCCGUUCCCCUCGAGGAUCCACUGCGGGUGAGGUCGCGUCACGGAAGUCCAGCACCUUCAGUGACAGCCACGAAAACCUCGAGACCGACCUCCCAGAAGAAGACCGCUAUCAGGACUCCGUCAGCUACGACCUGCGAGACUCCAUCAGCCACGAGGACCCUGGGUUCUCCCUCACCGCUUCCCUCACCUCCUUCAUCAGGAGGCUGAGCGGCGGCAAGAUCGUCACAGACAUUAUCAGUAACACAGACAAUUCUCUGCAGGAAGUCGACACCUCGCACACGAACGGCAAAUUGCGCCACGACGACCACGAGACGCCAAGCAAAGCGAACCUUCCGCUCGAGACAAUGACGGCCAAUAUUGACACUCUCGAGGUCCAGCCGACGAAGGACACCGAGUCGACCAAGAAGGCUGUGCAGAACAUUACAACCGUCACCUUCUGCGGGUGCGGCUUCCUGGGCGUGUACCUGGUGGGCGCCGCGACCUACCUGCAGGACCACGUGCCUUCCGUCCUCCGGGGACGCCUGGCGGGGUCGUCCAUCGGGUCCCUCAUCGCCACCUGCAUCGCCUGCGACGUGCCGCUGCAGGUCCUGCGGGAGAACCUCCUGUCGACGGCCAGGAUGUCCCGCAAGUACAUCCUGGGCUCCUUCAACCCUUUCUUCUCUCUUGAGGACGCGCUGCUGAAGUGUACCCUGAGGGCCUUGCCUGAGGACGCGCACAUCAGGGCUUCCGGACGCGUGUUCCUGUCCCUUACAAGGGCGUCGUCACUGGCCAAUGAGAUUGUGAGCGAAUUCAACUCAAGGGACGAACUAAUCCAGGCGCUAAUCUGCUGCUGCUAUCUGCCUGGCCUCUCCGGAUACUCGGUGCCUGCCUUUCGGGGUCGCAGAUACAUCGACGGCGGCCUGACCAACAACACCCCCAUGAAAGGCGAGGACACCCUGGCCAUCAACGCUUUCUCGGGGGACUUCGACAUCAUGCCUGACGAAGACGUGGACCUCCUGGGCCAGCUCCUGCCGAGGGUCUACGGGGUGUCCAUGACGAGGACCAACCUGAGGAAGGUGUUCAGGGCCCUCCUCCCCCCUACGCCGGAAGAACUCGACAAAUUCUAUUACUACGGAUACGCUGACGCCCAGAAGUUCGUCCCUGUGGCUGGGGGCGGAAGGAGGAAGAGCUUCUUGAAUAAUCUCUUCGGGUAGAUAAGGAAGGAAGGGGAAGGAAGGAAGCGCUAAAAGGGGGGAGUAAGGAGGAAGGGGAACGAAGGAAGCGCUAA